GUCACCUUAGUAUCAAGGUUAAUAAUUUCUAUUGCGUUAUGUGUAGAUGCAGCGACUGUAAUGUCAUCAACAAAGGUGAUAUCGUCAUACCUAAAUAAACCCUUUUUAAUCAAAUCAUAGGUUCCGCAAGAGUUCAUGAUACCAAGUCUUUGGGAAGUGUCAGACAACACGAUGAAUCCACUUGGUGAUACCGUAAAGCCUCGAAAGCUAAAUUCUUCUGUGAAGGGAAAAGAGUUACUGCUUCCAAUUGGCUUCCCUCAGAGUUACAUGCCUCUAAUUGGGACCACUCUGCCAGGGGUACUGCUUCUAAUUAGCUUUUGCAGACAGAGGUAUAUAUGUACUGCUUCCAAUCAGCUUCGCAACAAGACAGAGGGUGUGCUCCCAAUUAGCUUCACUAAGAGCUGCUAUCCUUGGUGCUUGAUUGCUUACAUGGCAAAGCCUCGGACUUGGUUGAAGAUCUAAGUAAACAUCUUCCAUGGAGUUGCUACUCAUCUGCUAUCUGGACUGAAACUUGGGACUGGCCUGCUACUGGAA